UUGUGUUUUGUCGCCAACAGGGAAACUGCAGAUGGCACAGUGUGAGUGGUCGGACUGUUACCUUGACGACAACAGCGUUGAUGCAGUUAUCGGAGUUGGAGAGGCGACAGCUUCAGAAGGUUGCUCAUCAGAGAUUGCAAAACAUGCAUCUUGGACCAAUCAUUGUACCUAAAGAUCCUCUAACCAAACGGCCAAAGAAAGGGAGUUUCCUGAGAGGGAGGCAUAGGAAUAACAGCGUCCUGGAUAGCUUGAAAGAUUUCGGAAAAGAAGGAAAAGAAUGUUCUAAUCCGUUAGUCUUUGGCAUCCCGUUGGAGAAAUGCAUCGGCAACGAGCACGCUCUGAAACGUUAUCAUUCAACGAGACGGAAGGAGAGACGAGAGAGUCUUGACUUAGCUCAGUCACCGCUGCUGGCAAGACAACAGACAAAAGUCAAGGGUUCCGCAGAAGACAUCUCCAGUCUGGCCCAGUCCUCUUCCUCUGGUUCCACUUCCUCUACCUCAACCUCUCUCUUAGAUGCCCUCUCUCUAUCAACCAGCAGCGGCGCCCAGGUAGAUGCUCAACGACGAGAACGACGUAAGAGCUUACUGCCUCAAGAACCUAAGGUCCCUCAGGUAGUCAAGGCUUGCUUCAAUCAUCUAGAGAAGAGAGCUUUGCACAUACUGGGUAUCUUCAGAGUGGGUGGAUCCAAGAAACGAACCAGACAGUUGCGGGAGGAUUUAGAUACUGGUCAAGAGGUCAUUCUCAAUGAUAAUCACAAUCCUCAUGAUGUGGGGGCGCUCUUGAAAGAGUUCUUCCGUGACCUCCCUGAGCCACUCCUAACCCGUGAGCUGUACCCUGCUUUUGUAGCCUGCACAAGAUUAGAUAACUUUGAGCAGAGGUUGAGGGCAUUACAGCUCCUAGUCUACCUGCUACCUACAGCCAAUAGAGACACGUUACAUGCCCUGCUAGAGUUCCUUAAUAGAGUGUCCAAGAAUGCUGCCGAUUAUGUGGAUGAAGAUGGAAAUGAGGUCCAAGGAAACAAAAUGGACACUCAUAACCUAGCAACCCUCUUUGGCCCCAACAUUCUACGGAAGACGAAAGGAGGUCAGGAAAGAGAUGCACAUGUUAUGGAAGCAUCAGAGCAGGUUGAAGAGAGCAGGGAAGUCAUCAGUGUAGUACAGGUCAUGACUGAACACAUGGAAACGGUCUUCCAGGUGCCGUCUGAGAUUCAGGAUAGUGUUUUGAGGAUUGCCUACGAGACAGAUCCUGAAGCUCUGGACUAUCUGCUGACUAAGAGAGCAGUGGCACUAGGAUGCAUUGACCCAGCUGAGAUGGAGGCUAGUUUUACUGAGGAUGUUGAGUCUCAUUCCUCCUCCCCUCCUUGUACUCCUGAGGAGAUUCUCAUGCCAUUCCAUGCCCUUCAUGGCCAUGAACAUCGUCUCUUCAGCUCACCCGACGACCUCUAUGCUUGCCGGAAUAAAUCAGACUUUACUGACGAGAGCCUAGGUCACAUGACCAGGGAGCAGAUGCUACAACAAUCCAAGCAGAAAUCGUUGUCGUUGCCCCGGGCUGCGCCAGUCAUUGAUAGCCGGUUCCCUAGCAGUCCUAAGAUAGCACGGACAGGUUGCGAUGAUCGACCAAUGAGUAGCCAGCAAGAUCGUAGUACGAAGUCAAAGCGAGGGCGACAUAGCAGCGAGAACCAGGAUGAGAAUAUCCAAUGGGGCGGGGACUCCUCCCCUACAACUACGAUAUCCCCGCCCACUAGACUCGUACGAGGAAUCUCCAAUGAGAAGCAGAUAUUCUCUCCUCUGUCACCCCACUCCCCACGCCGUAUAUCAGGGGGUCCCGUAUCACCUCUUGUAGGUCACCCCCCUGAGAGACAAUUCAGCUCACCUGCCAAUAUGGACGGUGGAGCAUUAUCCCCAAACCUCGAGGUAUCCUAUCAAUCUAAGAGUCCACGGACAGUACGUAAACAUGCUUCCGAUCUCUUACCAUCACCAUGGAAACUAGGUGAGGAUUCCUCAGAUCAGAUCUGGCUGCCAGUUGACAGUAGACGAACGCAGAGCGUCUCAGACUGUAUCAAACCCAGCAGACCCAAUGCUAUCUCUCCUUGUCUACCGCGACGCGUUUCAGGAAAGUCCCAUCAACCACGGCUAGCCAAAGUACCGAUCGCUGCUAUGGAGGAAGAUUUCGAUAUGGACUUGCCCUUGGAGACAUCUACCAUAAGUCCAACAAGUCCAGAGAAAGAUGACAAACAAUGGCAAGGCAAGUGGAAACUGAAAGACGGUCAGGAGACAUUAGUCUGAAAAGACAACAACAAAAUCUUUCCAAAAUUUGACUCGUCAGACGGAACGAAUCAACUGAUUUUUAAAUGUGACACUUUUACACAUUGUGUCGACUGAUGAAGAUAUGAGACAUUGGCCUAAUGAAUGGCUGACGCAGACAGACGAAAACACUGAAGGAAAUUCUCUAUACAUACGCUACAGUAAGUUGCAAGCGUAUCGUACAAUUAUUCUCAGUUCAGUGCUUCAUGUAGACAAAUUCAUUUCAAAUUCAGUUAUUUAACUUCAGGAUACAAUGCAAUUCAUUGGAUUUCUUAAGAAAACGAAGCAAACUACCUGGUCAUUUUCAGUUUGGCUUUCUAGUUCCUUUCAACAUUAUCGCUAUCUGUUUCCAUAAUGUUUGUGUGCAAACUUAGUCUUGCGUGUGAAUGGCUAGGCUAUGCUCAGCAGUAACACACAUGUUCACGGGAAAUGGCUUAGGCCACUUGCAUAGCUGGGUACAUUAUUGCCGGCAAUAUCCAAGUAGUUCGAACACGGUCUAAGACUCGGGACCUUUUGCCACCUAACAAUGCAUCCAUUGACCAUCCUUUGUGUGAUGUAAGAGGCAUACCACACUUCAUUUAUGGAUCAGGAAUCACUUUUUUCCCUAAGGCUUUCAAAUUCAUUUCUUUUUCUCAAGAAUCACAACAAUUCACAUUUCUUUUUUUUUUUGUGGUGCAAUUUCUACAGAACCUUUCACCAACUACUUGUACAUGUAUGUCCAAGUCACAUUGAUUUCAAAGCUUCUUAACAUAUUUUUCAGAAUUACAGCUGAUCAUUGGAGCACAUUGGCUCAUCUAUUUUAAGUGAAUUAAUGUAUCUACAUGUACAUGUUGUGAUGUAUACACACACAAUGAUGUUUCUAAGCAUUACACUUCAGCACAGAAUACUUUCUGCAGUAUUGUUAACAAUCUCAGAUUUUGAGAUGUUUUGUUGAACAAAAUUGCCCGUUAACUAGGCCAAGGAAUUGAAAAACACUCCAUCUAACUCUUUCUUUGGGGUUGGUGUAAAAAGAUUUUCAAAAGGGAGUAAAAGUGUUUUGAAAAUGUGUACAUGUAUUUUCAGAGGCUGAUGCUACAAAUUGUAAUCAAGGUCUGUCAAACAUUUGCUACACAAACAAGAAAUGUUUUGAAAACUGGCCAAAAAUUGCUUACUGCUUGAUGCUUUCAACGGUUCCACAAUAAAGAUAAUUAAUUGUAAAAUAUAUUUGGUAGUAAAGCAAGCUUAAACUGUUUGAUCAGCAUUAUACAAGAUGUGGCUUGUGGGUGGGUAACCUGCAUUUGUUGGCUUCUUCUUCUACUUCUUUUUGCUUUGGGUUUUUUUUUGGCCUACCGUACCUCAUUUGUUUACUUUGGAUCUCUCGUGUACUCAGCACCAAAUGAAACUGCUGAUUGAAAGCUCUGAAAAUACAUGUAUGUCAUCACUCACUAAUUGCGUCUUGAAAUUCACAAACACCAAUGCAACAAAAUUCAAUUAGUUAUUAAUUAGUAGUAACCAUAACAACAGUGAUGUCAUCACUUGUUACAUCAGUGCAAAAAGCAUCUUCCAAUGUAUGAUCAGGAACAAGUGUAGGUCUCGCAUGAGGAUGGGAAUUUCAUUCACAUUUGAUGAAUUUGUCCUGUCAUCGAAGGAGUACUAGUUGAGAUUCUCUACACAUCAAUUUCGUGCAAAAAAAAGUUUGUUUUAAAAAGUCCUCUGAGAAAUUGCACUGAAUGAAUUGGACUGAAAUGAUGAUUUAAUGUUCAAAGUGAAAUAUGUAAUUGCAGUGUUAUGAUUUUGUUAUACAAUGUUUUUGCACUGGUGUUUCAAAUUCAUCUAAAAAAAA